AUGGCUAAUCAUUCUAAGUCGAUGUUGUUUUUCCUUAUUCUCGGAGCACUUCUUUGCGCCUCCGCUAGUGCACGAAGGGCGCUCACCGGUUCGGUAGUUGGAGAUGAGAAGAAUUAUUUCCGUCAUCCAUUUUAUGGGGGAGGACUAGGCGGUGGAUUUGGUGGCGGUGGAGGUGCUGGUGGAUUUGGAGGCUUAGGUUCUGGAGGUGGGGCAGGAUUUGGGUCAGGCGGUGGUGUUGGUGGUGGUGGUGGUGCGGGAAUGGGAUCCGGUGGAGGACAGGACGGUGGAUUUGGACAAUAUGAUGGAGGGUCCGGAUUUGGAGGUGGCGCGGGAACAGGGUCGGGAGGAACCGGAGGAGGAGGAGGAGCUGGCGGCGGAGGUGGUGGUGGUGGAGGGUUCGGAGGUAGUGCCGGCGGAUAUGGAGGUGGAGCUGGUGGUGGAUUUGGAGGAGGCAGACUUCCUUAA